AUGCAACCGACAUAUCUCUAUCCAUCCGAAUUUGAUCAAGAAAUCCAAUGGCGUUCAAAAUUCUCGAUGGUGAUACCGAUUAUUAUCGGCUUCUUACAAAUGAUCUUAACAUUUGCUAUUGUUGGUCUCGAAAUCGCAUCUGUCGUUAUUUCACCAAGUCGAGGUACACUCUAUGCUGGCUUUUGGUUAUCAAUUUUCUUCACCAUAUCAUGGGUGUCGAUGUUUAUCUUAGUUUGCUGUCAUCGUUCACGUAAAUGGUCAACCUAUGUUUUCUUCAUAUCUAUUCUUUGUGCUGCAGCUGCAAUCACAUUGAUCGUUUUGGACGCUUUGUUCAUUGCUAAUAUCACACGAUGCUUCUUUUCGAAUGUUAUCUGUAUCGAUAUUGAAUCGUCAGGCUAUCGACGAUCAGGUAUACCAUUAGGAAGAAAAGUUCAAAUUCUCAAAGCACAAUUAGCCAUGGCAGCAGCUUUGUUAGCAACAGCUAUUUUGUACAUACUACUAUUCAUUUUAGCAAGUAUGAGUAGUCGAUCAGGCAGAAAUCGUGUUCUGAUGCAGGAGUCUCAAUCACAACCACAAGUUGUUCGUCGAACUGAAACGAUUCAACCAGCACAAGGAUGGAAAGCAACAUCAGUACCUGUUACAUACGAACCAAGUCAACUUGAAUGUCCUCAUUGUGGUACAUUGAUCAAAUUAGCACAGAAGAAACGAUGA